CAGAAGUUAUUAAUUAUAUAUUUGAGCUGUAUGCACUGAUUGAUCAAAAUUUUCAUACUAUAUCACGGCGAAGGUCUGCUGAUGAUCGCCCAUCAGUGGACAGUGGACAGUGGUGGUAGGCCAGUAAAGAACUAAAGAUUCAUCCAGUCGCAGAAAUCGGGUCUGCAAAAGCAUCGUCAGAGACAGACAGAUGGACAGAUUCCGCGCACGUCUUCGUCGCGUCGCGCGCAAUCAACUCGACAUGCCCACCUUGGAAACUGCCGCCGCCCUCCGUCGUCUUCACGCGCUCCCUCUUCGCUCAAAAUUCUACCCGUCUCCUCCUUCCCAAACAUAAUCACCAAUUAUUAUUAGACCCUAAUAAAGCCCUAAUUUCCAGCUUAGGAAAGCAAACCCCUCCCCCCGAUUCUCUCCCCAAACAAGCCCUUUAUAAUCCCCACAUCGUUGACCCCGGAACCCCCUCGUCCCCAACUCUCUAAUUCUAGUCGAAAUUAAUUUGCGGAGCCCCAUUUCCUCGAUUGCGAUUUCAUUGGUUGAUUUCGAGGAUUUAGGGGGAGUUUUUUUUUUUAUCGGGAAUCGAUGCAGUGUUGUGCGGCGAAUCCCGACGCUGGUGUUGUUGUCGAAGAGCCCGAUUCGUUCUACGCCAUCAGGCCCGAGUGCCGCGAUGAUGUCCCCAGGACUCGAUUCAAGCCCAGGCCUGGCAGGACGCUUAGUGCAAGGCGUUGGCAUGCCUCUUUCUCUGAGGAAGGUUACCUGGACAUAGCUUUGGUUCUUAAACGAGUACAGCGCGGGGGUGUUCACCCGACAAUCAAAGGAGUGGUUUGGGAGUUCCUGCUUGGCUGCUAUGAUCCUAAGAGUACUUUCGAUCAGAGAAGUCAGUUGAGACAACAGCGAAGGUUAGAAUACGAGAAGUUAAAGUCAAAGUGCCAAGAAAUGGAGAAGGCUGUCGGUAGUGGAAGGAUAAUUAUGACUCCUGUCAUUACAGAAGAUGGUCGCUCUAUUGAAGAUCGCACAAGCACCGGUGCUGCUUCGCAAGAGGAUAUUACAUAUGAUUUUGGCGAUUCUUCCUCCAUGACAGAACAGCAAAUGGAUAAUGUGCUGUUGGACAGAGAUGCCAUCCAGUGGAAGCUCACCCUGCAUCAAAUUGGCCUUGACGUAGUUCGUACCGAUCGUGCACUUGUUUAUUAUGAAAGCCAAGAGAAUCAGGCCAAGCUUUGGGAUAUACUCGCAGUUUAUUCAUGGGUAGACAAGGAUAUUGGUUACUGCCAAGGAAUGAGUGAUCUUUGCUCACCAAUAUCAAUUGUUAUUGAAAAUGAAGCAGAUGCUUUCUGGUGCUUUGAGCGUUUGAUGCGCAGACUGCGAGGUAACUUCAAGAGCACAAGCACUUCUAUUGGUGUUCGUUCUCAAUUGAUUGCACUGGCAUCUGUCAUAAAAUCUGUUGAUCCGAAGCUUCAUCGACACAUAGAAAAUCUAGAUGGUGGGGAAUACUUGUUUGCCUUCCGUAUGUUGAUGGUUCUUUUCCGCAGAGAGUUCUCAUUUGUUGAUUCAUUGUACCUUUGGGAGCUUAUGUGGGCUAUGGAAUACAACCCCAACCUCUUCCCCAUGUAUGAGGCGGAUACAACUGCUAACAAAAGCCAGGCAGAAGUAAAAGAUAGAAAAUUGCUUAAGCAAUAUGGGAAGUUUGAGAGGGAGAAUCUGAAGGCCGGUUCAAAGGAUCAACAGAUUCCUUUAUCCAUCUUUAUUGUAGCAAGUGUUCUCGAGGCCAAGAACAAGCGGUUGCUGAAGGAGGCUAAAGGUCUAGAUGAUGUCGUCAAGAUCUUGAAUGAUAUCACUGGAGACUUGGAUGCCAAAAAGGCAUGUAAGGGGGCACUGAAAAUUCAUACUAUAUACUUAAAAAAGCAAAGGUAGCAUAGUAAUGUGGCUGUGUAUAAACACAACGACAACGAGCAACUCGACUGCUGGUGAAAUGUAGCCAUGAGAAUAUAUUUCUUGCUCUCUCUCUUUUUUUCUUUUUUUCUUUUUUUUUGGUUUGGUGUGCGCUUUUUUUGCUUCAUAAUUUUUCUUACUAUUCUUUGAUUCCUCCCAGAUCCCCAUACAGUAUUGUUGUAUUUGCACAGAAAUAAAGUGUAAAUGUGAUUGUGUCUGUUAUACCUUGUAAUUGCAAAAGAUACGUUUGGCUCUGAAAGAACGGAAUCGCGCAAUAUACACUUGUUAUGGAAAGAAUGAGUUCUUUUUUUUUC